AUGGCUCCAGGUAAGAAAGUCGCUCCAGCUCCAUUCGGUGCUAAGUCCACCAAGUCUAACAAGACUAGAAACCCAUUGACUCACUCCACCCCAAAGAACUUUGGUAUCGGUCAAGCCGUCCAACCAAAGAGAAACUUGUCUAGAUACGUCAAAUGGCCAGAAUAUGUCAGAUUACAAAGACAAAAGAAGAUCUUGUCCAUCAGAUUAAAGGUUCCUCCAACCAUUGCUCAAUUCCAAUACACUUUGGACAGAAACACUGCUGCUGAAACCUUCAAGUUGUUCAACAAGUACAGACCAGAAACUGCUGCUGAAAAGAAGGAAAGAUUGACCAAGGAAGCUGCCGCCAUUGCUGAAGGUAAAUCCAAGCAAGACGCUUCUCCAAAGCCAUUCGCCAUCAAGUACGGUUUGAACCACGUUGUCUCCUUGAUCGAAAACAAGAAGACCAAAUUGGUUUUGAUCGCUAACGAUGUCGACCCAAUUGAAUUGGUUGUUUUCUUACCAGCUUUGUGUAAGAAGAUGGGUGUUCCAUACGCUAUCGUAAAGGGUAAGGCCAGAUUAGGUACUUUGGUCAACCAAAAGACCUCCGCCGUCGCUGCUUUGACUGAAGUCAGAGCCGAAGACGAAGCUGCUUUGGCCAAGUUGGUCUCCACCAUCGACGCUAACUUCGCUGACAAAUACGACGAAGUCAAGAAGCACUGGGGUGGUGGUGUCCUUGGUAACAAGGCCCAAGCCAAGAUGGACAAGAAAACUAAGACUUCCAGUUCCGCUUAA